GGCCGUUGCUCUGUCCAUCUCUCCGCUCUACCCAUGGCGUCGAAGCACCACCUUCCGUCGACGGAGCCCGACCAAGGACCGGCCGCGAAAAGGAGCCGGCCGGAGCCGCCUUCCGGGCCUCUCCAACCCGGCGCCAACCCAGUUCGCGUCGAACUCAACCCGGCCGACUGCGACCUAGAUUUUGAUAUCAAUGGAAAUGGCCUUCGAGGGCAAGCAUUGACUGAAGAAGGAUUUGCAUACUGCUGGUCUGGUGCCCGAGCAAAUGUUGGAAUAAUUGGAGGGAAGUACUGUUUUGGCUGCAAAAUUAUUUCUGAUCAGGCAGUUGAUAUGGCUGACACGCCGCCAGAUAAACAACAUGUGUGCCGUGUUGGUAUUUCAUGGGUGGCUGAUCCUGUUGGGAACCUAGGAGAAACAACAAACAGUUUUGGAUUUGGUGGAACUGGCAAGUUCUCAAGUUCUGGGAAGUUCUCUGAUUACGGUACCAAGUUUGGUGUUUCUGAUACUAUAAUUUGUGCUGUGGACCUUGACAACAAGCCAUUGGCUUCAAUUGGGUUUUCGAAAAAUGGGAAAUGGUUGGGUGUUGCUAGGCAUUUUGAUGCAAGCUCAAGAGGUCUUGGUGUGGUAGAGCUGUCACAUCAGGGUCUACCAUGGGAAUCUGCACUUUUCCCACAUGUACUUUUGAAGAAUGUUGUGGUUCAGUUGCAGUUUAGCAUCGAAGAUGGAUUGGUUCCUGAAGAAGGUUACAAGCCUUGGGCAUCUGCUCUUCAGGAUGCCAAUGCAGUAAUUGGUCCCACAUUCACAAGCCCUAGUCAAUGUGAGGUUAUAAUGAUGGUUGGUUUACCUGCCUCUGGGAAGACAACGUGGGCAGAGAAAUGGAUAAAGGAGCAUCCUGAGAAGCGAUAUGUUCUGCUUGGAACAAAUCUUGCUCUGGAUCAAAUGAAGGUUCCAGGACUUUUGCGUAAGCAUAAUUAUGGAGAACGUUUUGAAUGCCUUAUGGAUCGAGCAACUAAAAUAUUUAAUACUUUAUUAACUAGGGCCGCCAAGACACCACGUAAUUACAUUCUUGAUCAGACAAAUGUUUACAGGAGUGCCCGUAAUCGCAAAUUGAAAACAUUUGUGAAUUACCGCAAGAUAGCAGUUGUUGUUUUCCCUACACCGGAUGAGCUUAGAUUUCGAGCAGAAAAGCGUUUUAAAGAAAUGGGAAAAGAUGUACCUGCCAAAGCAGUAAAUGAGAUGAUUGUCAACUAUGUUUUACCGCUGACCAAGAACAUGCAUGGUUCAAAUGAGUUAUUUGAUGAGGUUUUUUUCCCAGAAAUAGGGAGGGAGGAGGCACAAAGACACUUGGAUGAAAUGAAACACACACUACUGUCUCCUAAUUUAAGCGCAAAAAGAGAUUUGUCACCUUUUGCUCAUGAACAUUCCAUUCAAUCAUUCCCUGUUCCUAAUGUAACAACUGUGGAAGCUUCUCCAGUUUCCCACUUCCCACGUGCUAGUGUAAACUUGUCAGCUUCCCACCCCUCUCUCUCGGUUCCCUGCUGUGAUAGCUCAAGUAGUUUCCAAGAUAAUACAAUGUAUUCAAGUCGUGGCUCCUCUGGGGAUCAUCAGACAAUGUUAGGAUACACUGGUUUGCCUAUGCAAAGUGAUAGUGCAUAUAGGGACUACUCAAAGUAUGGGGUUGCUUCAUGUCAUGGUACCGAUCCUGUUCCUUAUGGGAGCUAUACUGGUUCCAAUUUUUCCACUGGAAAUACCUAUGACAGGAGCUCAAUACCUUAUGGUGACAUGAGCCUCUAUCAGACAUACAACACUGCAGAUGCAUUUAGAAGACCUAGUUUCGACGGUUUUAGCUCGUCUGCAAAGGUUAUUAACUAUGAAAAUCCAUUGACACCAACCUUGUCCAGAAGUCCAGUUGGACAACUUCUUGAUCCAGGAUUUCCACACAUUCAUCAUCCAGCUGCCAGGGAACCACCAUACGAGUGGCGAAGCCCUGCCCAAAGCACUCAUGGUUCAAAUUAUGGAGCUCCACUACCUAGACCUCCUUAUAGAGACCCCCCAAACCAAAUAAACCCUCGACCUGGUCAAUGGUAUCACUAGCGACACUAUGGUUGAUAUUGUCAUUUUUUUCUUUUUAUUUUUGCUCUUUUUUAUGGGGAGUUAAACAAUUUUUGUAAUAUGUAUUCUUAGUUUAUGUGUGUUUUUUUAAAGUUGAUCCUUAAAUUUGUGCAGUCCUGCACUGUGAUAAGAUCAAUAUCAGAUACAGAACUACUUUUUGGAA